AUGAAAUUUCUUUUAUUGAUACUGGUUCUGCAGGUCACUGCUUCUGGAGCUGCUCCCCUGACUAACUAUUCAAGCCCUGAAGAAAAUGAUGUGGUAUUUGUUCAGUGGUACUUGGUAACCUUUUAUAACCUUGAGAUGGAAACAACUCCAAUGACAAAAAUGAAAGUCAAUAGGAACUUCAUGGAAGAUAAAAUCCAGGAAAUGCAGCAGUUCUUGGGGCUAAAAGUGACUGGGCAACUGGACACAUCUACUCUGGACAUGAUGCACAGACCUCAAUGUGGAGUCCCCGAUGUUCAUAAUUUCAGAGUAAUGCCAGGGAGGCCAGUCUAGAAGAACCGUUUUAUCACCUACAGAAUUAGCAAUUACACUCCUGACAUGAAGCCUGAGGAUGUUGACUAUGCCUUCCAGAAAGAUUUUCAAGUAUGGAGUGAUGUGACCCCCUUGAAAUUCAGAAAAAUUAAUGCAGGCAAGGCUGACAUCAUGAUACAAUUUGCAUUUGGAGCUCAUGGAGACUUCAGUUCUUUUGAUGGCAGAGGGGGAAUCUUAGCCCAUGCUUUUGGACCUGGACCUGGUAUUGGAGGAGAUGCACAUUUUGAUGAGGCUGAAAUCUGGACUAAAAGCUACAAAGGCACAAACUUGCUCCUAGUUGCUGUUCAUGCGCUUGGCCACUCCUUGGGUCUUGGCCAUUCCAAUGAUCCAAAGGCCAUAACGUUCCCCACCUACAGAUAUACUGACUACAACACAUUUCACCUCUCUGCUGAUGACAUACAUGGCUUUCAGUCUCUCUGUGGGUUUGAGUCCUAUAGAAACUUGGAGUACAAUGAGAGGAGACAAUCCAUGGACCCUGGUUAUCCCAAAUUGAUUACCACAUACUUCCCAGGAAUUGGCCCUAAAAUUGAUUCAGUCUUCUAUUACAACAGACACUACUAUUUCUUCCAAGGAUCUAACGUACUUGAAUAUGAUGUCCUAUCCCAUCAUAUCACCAGAAGGCUGAAAAACAAUACCAAGCUAUGUUGUUAG